AUGAGUCACAACAAGAUAGGCAUUCAUCAUUCAGAAACAGUUAAUUCUAUUUCAAUCAAAAUAGCAAAUACUCAAUCAAGAGUAUUAUGUGGUCAUUAUCAAAACAGAAAAUCCAUUUGGAUUAUAUGUUUUAUUAUUGUUGCUAUUUCGAUUAUAUCAGGAGUAAUUAUUGCAAAAACUAUUACUACGAAAAGAAUGAAGAAUUCACAAGAAAAAAUCUCAACUACAAUAAUAACGACAACAUCAACAACAUCAACAGCAUCAACAUCAACAGCUUCAACGUCAACAUCAGCAACAGAAACAACAACAGGAAGAGUUAAUACUAAUACCAAAUGGAAACAAAAUGGAAUUACCUUCGCUGGAGGCGGUGGGCAGGGUCGACUCGAUCCACCUUACGGAAUGGAUAUUGAUGAUGAUGGAUCAGUUUAUAUUUGUGAUCACUACAAUCAUCGUGUUGUUAAAUGGAUUUCAGAUGCAAACUAUGGUGCAACUGUUGCAGGUGGGAACGGUCCUGGAGAUAGCAUAAAUCAGUUAUUUUUUCCAACAGAUGUGGUGAUUGAUAAAGAGACUAAUUCACUCAUCAUUUGCGAUUCAGAUAAUAGUCGAGUUGUGAAAUGGUUUCUUCAAAGUUCGAAAAACCCAGAAAUAAUCGUAUCAGAAAUUAUCUGCGAUGGGUUGGCCUUAGAUAAUAAUGGAGAUCUUUAUUUCACUGAUCCGAUGAAUCAUACAGUAAUACAAUGGAAACAAGAGGCAAAAAAUGGAAUAGUUGUAGCUGGUGGAAAUGGAGAAGGAAAUGAUUUCAAUCAACUCUUUGCUCCUGGUACUCUCUGGGUCGAUAAAGAUUAUUCAGUUUAUGUAUCGGAUACCAGAAAUCAUCGUGUGAUGAAAUGGUUAAAAGGCGCAAAAGAAGGAAUUGUCGUUGCUGGUGGGCAUGGUAAAGGUAAUGAGCUCAAUCAAUUAAAUCUUCCCCGAGGAUUGAUUGUCGACCAUUUGAGUAAUGUUUAUGUGGGUGACACUGGCACUUAUCGAGUGAUGCGUUGGCCAAAUGGAUCUCGAGAAGGUAGUAUUAUUGUUGGUCCACAUAGCUGUGUAGAAAACUCAAAUAAUUUUUGCACUAUCCACGAUAUAUGUUUCGAUCGACAAGGAAAUCUAUAUAUCGCGGAUCGUUUCACUCAUAUAGUGCAAAAGUUUUAUAUUGAUGACUUAAAUUGGUCUUAUACCAAAAUGAUUUAUGAAUAA